UCGACUUAUGGCUUUGCAGGAAGAUAGAAAAACCAAGAAAUGGAAGAAACAGGAUGUUUGCCUAGGCAGCACCAAGCUCUGUGCCUUUCCGGGGCUAAUCAGUACUUACAGCAAAUUCAUCAUCUCCUUUGCUGAAGACGAAGCAGGGGAGCUGUAUUUCCUGGCCACCUCUUACCCAAGUGCCCACAUGCCACAUGGAUCUAUUUACAAGUUUGUUGAUCCCUCAAGGCGAGCACCUCCAGGCAAGUGCAAAUACAAGCCAGUGCCAGUGAAAACCAAGAGUAAGCGGAUCCAGUUCCGGCCACUCGCCAAGACAGUCUUGGACUUGCUAAAGAAGCAGUCAGAGAAAGCCGCUAGAAAAUCAUCUAGCCCACCCCAGGCCUCAUCUCGGAAAGGCUUCUCCAACAAGCCAGCUUCUCCCACAAGCAGCAGGAACACAUUGCGAGGGCCUGGUACGAAGAAGAAAGGCAGAGUGUGGUCCCCAGGCCCCCAGGGGGAGAGGAAGAAGAAAAGCCACAGUAACAGGAUGAGGCCAUCAGCUGGCAGAAGUCUCCCCUGACCUUUCAGGGACGUGAGUGAGGAAGAUGGCCUUGCUGGAGGGAAGCCGGGGCUCAACACUGAUCUUAGAAGUCUGGGGGUGGGGUUGGGGGCAGAGAGCUUGGUUCAGGGCCCAUGUGCUUUUCCUCUCCCCGGGAAAUGGUGCUACAUUCUGCAUAAGCGGAUGCACCCGUCUGUCUGCAGUGCUUCCGCACCUGGGGUAUCGUGUGCACCAGUCUGUGCACCUGCUUGGAAGCCCCCUGCAUGUCUCCCUUUUGCCUUGUAAACGCCAAUGACCUAAGGUAAUAAACCAACAUUUGCUGAAACUGACCCACUCACUUUGUUUGUGUGACACUGGGAAAUCUAGUGUGCUUCUCCGAGCUUGCCUGACAACCAGGCUUCACUUUCCUGCCUUCUCCAGGCCCAAGAGGAGGCCUGUGACAGGCUUCCACGGAAAGUUCUCCAAAAAUGGUCUCCUUUCCUGCAGUCCACAGCUCAGACAGGUUCACUCUGUACCUCCAAGCACCUCCUGUUUGACACUGGCAAAUAGCAUAAUAAAUUUACUGUUUUUUGAAUA